AUGGCAUCACAAUCCGUGGCAAAGGUGGCUCAAGCCGCUAAUCGUGUUAUUCCCGUUCACAAGAAACACACCCUCCAAUCCACCGGUAUCUGGGAAACCAUCCGUCGCUUCCUCGCCGUCGAUCCUACCCGCUCCAACGGCGUACCCCUCAACCCACAAUUCCGCAAUCCACCUCCAGGAUCCAAUGAACCUUUUUCCUUCAUCGACCCUGUUACCCUCCCCGCGGGUGACAUCGCCGAGAAUCCAUACUGGAAGCGCGAUUCCCGUCGCUCGUAUCCGCAGUUGAGUUUUGUGGCCCAGAGUGAUGUGGUGGGUUUGUUGAGUGUAGGAAGUGAGGCUGCGCCGCGCAAGGAGCUGGUUGGGGAUUCGGGAGUGAAGGAGUUGGUUAGGGUGGGGGAGGAGGGAAAGGGAGGGUUGGCAAAGUUUUUUGAGAGGGAGAGUGCGGGGGGUGCGUUGGAGAUGCUUGGUAGAGGGGGAUUGCCGCCUUUGCCUGCGAGUGUGAGUCCGAGUAAGAGGGUGGAGGGGGAUAAGUAUCAUUUGACGGAGGAAAAUGCGUAUCCUGAGGAAUACCCAUGCCGAACUUUCAAAUAA